AACAAGUAAAUGGUUACCAAAGUUAUGGCAGUGAAUUGGUGAGAAAGGAAAGCUUUUAAUUAUACAUGAUGGAGUGUGACAUGGUUGAUUCUCUUGAAGGGUGGGUGGCAGUGAGAGACAGUCCAUUUGCUGACAACUUAAUUCCACCCAAAAUGUCAUUUUUGGUGGCAUGGAAUGACAUUGAGAAAAAGAUUGCCGUGACGUGCCGAUUACGAAGUCGCGUCGCAGGUGACACGGAGGACUGCCAGAGCAGGACAUGUUUGUUAUCGUUCACCGAACUCGAUGGAAUACACGACAUACUAUGUCUUAUUUAUCCAUCAUUAGCACCCUAUUUGCCUCAGCUUCCAUCUGAACCCCAGGGAUUAUGGGCGUAUGUGACUAAUCCCGAAACUCCUGAAAACAUUGAUUUCUUGUGCGAGCAACUACAGCACUACUUCGCCAUUGCCUUAGAGCUGUGUCGAGAGAGACUGAUUAUGUCAACGCUUUUUGACGAAUUCGACGAGAAUCAUUACUAUGAAAAUAUAAGCGAAUACCGACGUCGCGCCUUCGAGGAGAACAUACAGAGGUAUGAAGAUGAGAUGGAAAAUAUUCAGUUUGAGCGGAAUUUGUCGACCACAAUGAAAGACUUGCAAGACGUUUACCUGCAAGAGGACGAAGCGGUCUUUAAGCUGAAUAUAUCUCUGGCCGAGCUGUAUAACUACCAGCUACAGCCGUUUCUGGACCUGCGGGAAGCAGCCAAGAGUAAGCUGAAGGAGGCCACGGAACAGCUGCAGAAUCCAAACAUCGGUGAGCGGGUGAAGCGCGAAUACGCUAACAUGUUCUCAGAGUGGCAGCAGCAUCACCAGCAGGCUCUCGACACAAUUCAGGAGUUGUACAUCAAGUACUAUACACAGACAGUGAACAUCUAUAAAGUGAUGAUAUCCAGAAUGAACGAGGAUAAGAAGAAAUUUGGGAGAAAUGCUUUUGACCUUGUUGCAUCUGAAAGACUGUUGAGACUACAGGAAGACCAAGGUUUGGAAAAUCUUCAACUUCUGCAGAACGUAAAGAGACAGUAUAUACAGGAGAGAGACAAGGUCAAACAGGAGAUAGUGACGGUUGAAGAAUCGCCGAUGGUGAUGCGAGAACUGCAGUUUCUGGAGAAGAAGUGUAUUCAGUGGCAGGACAAGAUCUACAAUCAUAUGAUGAAGAUCCUGGACGAGGAGGAGAACCUCGUCAAAAUACAGAUCACCGCUCGCACGAGGAAAAUCAAAGGUAGGGCAGCUUUACAUAUGCUGAAGAGAGGGUGGUGUUCUAUGAUACGGUUGAGGACACCAGUCUAUUUUCCCACCAUCGACGAUGAAAAUCGCUCACAGGAUGAUGAUCCUGCCAUAGAGGAACUGAGAAGCAAGCGAUCGGCCAUCCAGCGAAGGAAAAUCAAUUUACGCAAUAAGAAGGGAACAUUUGUCCAGCAGAGUCAGCAGAAAGAUGUGGAGAAGAAAGAGACCGAUGACAGAUUUAAACAUCACCACGCCGUCCAGCUGAGAAAAGACGUAAAAAGGGAAGAAGAAGAGUCAAAGAAGGAUUUUAUUAUUGAGGAACGCAAAAAGGCAAUUGAAAGACUUAAGACUUAUAAAGUGAAAUAUCCUGCACCAGUAACAAUUAAACCACAAAGAUACCAAUCACCGAGACUAAAGAACGCUUCUUUGAGAGUGAACGAACGGCAGAGCUUGUCCCGAGGAAUGCAAUCACUGCGUCCAGAGUCCAAAUUCAGCUCGAUGCGGCCAAGCACAAACCAGAGAAAGAAGUUUGUGAAACCCCCAAAACUGGACAAGAUAGAUGGUGACAUCGGUGUCCAAAUAUUUGCAAACGGCUCUGUCAUGACGGCAUCGCAGAUUGAUGCAACACCAGCAUCAUCAUCCACCUCACAGUCAUCCAGUUCAUCAAAUACGACAACUCCACCCACUCCCCCGAGUGGUCCCCCACCCCCUCCACCCCCACCCCCUCCACCACCACCACCACCACCACCACCACCUCUUCUGACUCCACCACCACUAGUGUCUUUAGGUAAUAAACGGAAGGAGUCCAAGGAAAAAAUAACUCCUACUGAUGGAGAUGGCGCCAGGAGUACAAAAAGUGGUGUUCCCCAACUGCAGGACAUUGUGGAUAGGAAGAGUCAUUUGAAGCCAGCGUCAGACCGGCCCCAGCGACCACCUCGUAUGAUUGAUCCGAUGGGUGACAUUUUCAGCAUCAUCAAACAAGGUGUCAAACUGCGUCCGACGAAUAACGAAUCCAGCAUUGACCCACCCAUGACCACGCCCCCGAGUGAUGCUCAUUUAAAUCUUCUUCAAGAGAGUCUGAAAAAGAUGAAUCGUCAGAUGAGAGGGAUGUCUCCUGAAUCAGAGGACGAUGAUAAUGACAGUGUUGACUUUGAUGAUGGUUUUUAAAAUACAUGUAGCAUUGUUAUAGGCGUUGGAAGUGGGGAGGUGGGGGUGGGGGUGGGUUGGGGGACAGUGGCAAUACACCCCAAUUCUUAAGCUGAGGUGGUCAGAAUAUACAUUGGCACCUUCAGUUGUGUGAUGGUUAAUAACUUCCCCUCCUCCUCUUCCCCUGCCCCACCCCCCCACCCCCCACCCCCCACCCAGUUGCUGACAACUUUCAAAACCAGGCUUUCUGCCAGAAAAUAAUUUGAGGGUACAUUUUAAAAACAAAACAGAUCAUAAGUAAACUCUGUUGUUGUGGGUUUGAAAUCCUAUGAAACUAAUUUUAAAAAGCGGUUCUGUUUCUACAAUCAUUCUAAAAAUGUCCCAAGAUUUUAGGGUACUUCAUUUUACCCUUUGUACCCUAUGACAGAAUCCCUGAACACCUAUGGUUGUUUCUAAAUCCUUGUCAGAACUACCAUUUGGUUUUUCCAGUUGAACAUGACAUAUUAAUUAUCUCAAGGGAAAUCUCUGUUUUUAAUGCAAGGAAUGAGAUUAGUAUGGCCUAAAGUCUGGUAUGGAUUUGUGUCUUCUGAUUGUGGCUAAUUCAUUACCGUACAUCAAGUGGGAAUGUGAUCUUUCAGGGUUUCGUUUGUAUACUUGAUACUUGAAGUGUUCAUAUUCAACAUGCGAUAUCCGCCAGUUUCCAGAUUUUGGAGUUAGCUGUUAAAUGUAUACUGAUAUUGGUUCAACUCGUUAUUUGCCAAUAAAGUUUACGUGAAAACGCAAUCUAUGCCCAUUGAACCCGAUGUUAAAACUAUUUGUAUUUAACUAACAUAGAACAUUCAGCUUUGUUCUCUGUGCAAUUAUAAUUGUUUCUCUUAAAAUAAUCAAGAUUUGUGGAACACUUUAUGUUAAAAUUGUCUGGAGUUUUUGGUUUUCGUGUGCAAUUAACCUUUAUAAAGCUAUUCAAUUAUGCGAUAUAAAUUGUAUUGGUUUAAUGCUGAAAGGUUCUGUGCAGCAGAAUAAUAUGCAAAUAAUCAAUUUAUGCUAUAAACUGAUAUGCAAUUAAGUGGAUUUGACUAUCACAUUUUGGAAAUGAAUUCUUCAUUUGAGUAUGGUAUCAUCAGGACUUCUAGAUUAUGGUAGCCCCACUCCCAUGGCUAGUGAUAUUCAGUGUUGGGCUAGUAAAUAAUUACUAUAACUAGCCCAACGGCUAGUGGGAAAAAAAAACCUUGUCAAAUGUUGCACAUACAUAUUUUGUAAAUAUGAAUAUCCUUCCCCCUCUUUCCACCCCGUUCUAAGGAUUUUUAAGCUCACGCUCCCUAUUUAGGUGACAUCUGAUUAUUACUAUUAGUAAAGUUGAACUUAUUUAAAGUAGGGCUAGUCAUGGGCAUACGACCCGGGGGGGCAGGGGGGGUAUUUGCCCCCCCCAAAUUCGGGUAAAACAGUGGGGAAAAUUCGGGCAGUUGUUAUCUGGGUAAAAUUUCGGGCAAAUCAACCCCUCCAGCCCCCCCUAAAUCAAAGAGUCCCCAUACGCCCAUGGGGCUAGUGAAUAGUUAAUCAUGUUGAGUUUUCAGCUUUUUAAACAGUGUUUCAGCUUUUAUAUAUAAGUGGGUGUACAAAGGAAAAGAUAAUUGUGGCCUAGUGUCAAAUAUAUAUUAAAUUUUGUGUUUUAUACAUUAAAUUUAGUGGGGGUUUUAUUGUGGCUAAUUCAUAAUUUAUGGGAAAUUUCUUUUAAAAAUAUGGCCUAGAUUGAAUGUUGGCUGUACUUAUAGAUUAAAUCCCUCCGCAUCUUAUUUUUAGGUAGCUAUAAUUAUUGGAACGACAGAUAUUCAUAAUCUUGUACUGAACAUAUAAUCAUGUAAAUACUCACAAGAAAUAAGGACACAUAUUGACAAAGUACAGAUAAAGAAUUGCGUAAAACCAUAAUUUGGUCCUGACUUUAAUAAUAUCUAUGACCGGCCUCGGUGGCGUCGUGGUAGGCCAUCGGUCUACAGGCUGGUAGGUACUGGGUUCGGAUCCCAGUCGAGGCAUGGGAUUUUUAAUCCAGAUACCGACUCCAAACCCUGAGUGAGUG